GAGCGGAGCUUGCUGGAAGAAGCAACGAGGAGAGCGGCGGCGUGUGAAGAAGAGAGCACUUUGAGGGACUUGAGGAUUUAAGCUAAAAGCUUCCAAUGGAUGGAUUCGAUAAACCCUAGAUUCAAGCGGUAGCGGGAUUAAGUAGCUUGAAUUGAAUCAUUCCAGCUCGAUUUUUGGGAUUGUAGCGGUCUUGUGUCGAGGAUUGAUGGGAGAAUCGAAUCCUUAGUUCAGUUCAGCCGGCUUAAGGUGACGGCGUUCUACCGGGAUUACUCCCGGAAAGAUAUGACCAUAGUUGUCCGUCUUUGGAAGCAACCAAAAACCAUUAAUGGCUGGCAGAGCAAUCUACAGAGGAAGAAAGCACCUUUUGCAGAAACUGAACGAACCCAUUCUUUCUAGUUUUAGUAUUUUAAGUUCUCAGCAUGGUUCAUUCGCUUAUAAUUCAGAGAAUAAGCUCCUUGAUCAUAGGACAUUUAUUCAUGCCAAAAAAGAACUCUUUGGUUCAUCCUCUGCAACUUUUCUGAGAGGCCAUCUUCGUGGGAUUUCUGUGCCGAAUAGUGAAUUUGGAAGAUCAGAAAUCAUUAUCCCAUUUGGGGCACGAGGGUUGUCGCAGUAUGUCCGCAACGCAUCAACAGCUACUGCUAAGCAGCCUGAAAUUAGCGGAGAAGAACAUGGCGAAGAUCAGGAGAAAAAACAGAACAAAGAGGCAUCACCAGAGGAGUGUGAUCAGGCUGUUGAAGGCUUGAGCACAGCAAAAGCUAAAGCAAAAGCUAAGCAGCUGCAAGAAACCCAGAAAGAUUAUCAAUUUAUUCGUAAGUUUUGGGCUAAGCUAUUAGGGAUCGGUCCUGCUUUACGAGCUGUCGCUUCCAUGAGCAGGGAGGAUUGGGCCGUAAAGUUUCGCCAUUGGAAGGAUGAAUUUGUUUCUACGAUGCAGCACUAUUGGCUCGGCUGUAAGUUACUGUGGGCGGACAUUAGAAUUUCUUCGAGAUUAUUGUUGAAACUUGCGGGGGGAAAGAGCCUUAGUAGAAGGGAGCGAAAACAAUUGACUCGCACUACUGCAGAUAUCUUCAGGCUGGUUCCUUUUGCAGUUUUUAUAGUAGUUCCAUUCAUGGAAUUUUUAUUGCCCGUGUUCUUGAAGCUGUUUCCAAACAUGCUUCCAUCUACUUUUCAGGAUAAGAUGAAGGAACAGGAAGCUCUUAAACGGAACCUUAAUGCUCGAAUAGCGUAUGCGAAAUUCUUGCAAGGCACCGUCAAAGAAAUGGCUAAUGAGGUGCAAAGAACACGUAGCGGAGAAGUAAAACAGACCGCAGAAGAUCUCGAUGAAUUUUUGAACAAAGUCAGAACCGGCGCUCGUGUUUCCAAUGAGGAAAUUUUGAAUUUUGCGAAACUUUUCAAUGAUGAGCUAACUCUGGAUAAUAUUAGCAGGCCGAGGCUGAUUAAUAUGUGUAAAUACAUGGGCAUCACAACUAUUGGGACAGACAAAUAUUUACGAUUUAUGCUUCGGAAAAAGCUGCAACAGAUAAAGGAAGAUGAUAAAUUGAUUCAGGCAGAAGGUGUGGAGUCUCUUUCAGAGGACGAGCUUCGUCAAGCCUGUCGUGAACGUGGCCAUCUUGGGCUGCUUUCCAAAGAGGAGAUGCGCCAACAGCUGCGGGAUUGGUUGGAUUUGUCUCUUAAUCAUUCGGUACCUUCGUCUCUCCUUAUACUCUCGAGAGCUUUCACUGUAUCCGGAAAGCUGAAACCCGAGGAAGCUGUUGUGGCUACACUGUCAUCUCUACCCGAUGAAGUUGUAGACACUGUCGGUACAGUGCUGCCAUAUGAGGAUUCUGUCUCGGAGAGGAGGCGGAAGUUGGAGUUCCUUGAAAUGCAAGAAGAGCUUAUCAAGGAGGAAGAGAAACUAAAAGAGAAAGAGGAGAAAGCUAAAAAGGAGGAAGCUGUGAUCCAUGACGAAGAUGUGGCUUUAAGGGAGAUGACUGGUCCUACCUUACGUGAAGCACGGGAGCUGGCCGAAGAGAAAACAAUGGAGAAAAGGGAGCAGCUGUGCAAUAUCAGCCGCGCUUUGGCUCUCCUUGCUUCGGCCUCAUCCGUCAGUAGCGAGCGUCAAGAAUUCCUGCGCCUUGUUAAUAAAGAGAUUGAAUUAUACAAUACACUGCUUGACAAAGAGGGAACAGAGGGCGAAGAAGAGGCUAAGAAAGCGUACAAAGCUGCCAGGGAAAAAAGUGAUCAAGCAGCUGAAAUUGCCGCGGGGGACAAGAUUUCAUCUGCGCUUAUCAACAGGGUUGAUGCUAUGCUUCAAAAGCUUGAAAUGGAAAUUGAUGAUGUUGAUGCCAAAAUUGGAGAUCGCUGGAUUCUACUUGACAGGGAUCGUGACGGGAAAGUGACGCCGGAAGAAGUAGCAGCUGCAGCCAUGUAUUUGAAGGAUACGUUAAACAAAGAAGGUCUGCAAGAGCUGAUCACCAAUCUUUCAAAAGACAGAGAUGGUAAAAUUCUUGUGGAAGACAUCAUCAAAUUAGGCUCUCAAGUGGAUGCUAGCAAUGGAGAUGAAUCCGAGAGCCGUUAAAAUUUGACAAAUUGCUAUGGAUCAUUUUGCAAAGUUGCAAUUUUUAUUUUUAUUUUUUAUUUUUUUUGAGCU